ACUUAAGACAGGAAAGACUAUCAGUAACUGUAUUCAUUCAUGAAAAACCUGACUCGACAGGAAGUAUAAAGAUGAGAAUUGAAUAUUUAAUGUUGUGUCCUUUGUUGUGUAUUUCUGCGAAGAAAGAUGAAAAAGCAUACUGUUUAGGUAGAUGUGGGAUUAUCUAUGACAAAAAACUUCCCUGUCAGUGUAACACAGCUUGUAAAGAGCACCGUGACUGUUGUGCAGAUUAUGACAAUUCCUGUCCAAAAGAAUUUUGUACUGGAAGGUGUGGCCAACCUUAUGUCCAAGCACACCAAUGUUAUUGUAACACAGAGUGUAAAAAGCAUAAGAACUGUUGUGAUGACUAUGAUGCUUUGUGUUUUCUAGGAGUUAAUGAAUCAAGCACUUCAAAUCAUAUUAUCUCUGUGACAACUUUUAUCACUUCAGAUAUUCAAAUUGAGUCAACAAGAAUAUCAACUACACCACUAAGCACAGAUUCAGCAAUUAUCAAAACUGACAUAGAAGAAAGCAGCUCUGGUCUGAUCGCUGGAGUUGCUGUGUCACUGACAGUUGUAAUGCUUAUAGUAGUCGUUAUACUGGUACUUGUUUUCAGAAAAAUGCAUCUAAGAAAACAAUCACUCCCCAAGACAGUGGUUAAUGAAAAACGUACAUCUAAAAUAAACUAUUACACAACAGAAAAUGUUCCAGAAGAUCAAUACCAUGACAUUGAUAUAUCAGAUGGGGACUAUUGUUUAGCAGCUGCUAUAUCUGAUGAAACUGGAACUGCUGAUGGGACUAAUGACGCCGACUCAACAUAUAAUAGGGCAAUAUCUGGUGUUUACGAUCAAUUAAACGGGAAAGAUAAUAGAAAAAUUUCGAAAAAAUAUGAAAAUGAAAACGCAUCGAAACUUGAGGGAAGCAAAUCAGAAAUUUAUACUUUGACCUCUAAUCAAACUGUUGAUAUACACACAAAGGAUAACAACUCAAGUGCUAAAUUGAAAACACCAGAUUCAGUGGACUUCGAUCCUACUUAUAAUCAUUCUAAUAACGUAAUUGUGAGAGAAGACCUAAGCAAUUAUGAUCAUUUUAGCAACACAUAGCAACCUAUAGGUUACAAUAUUUAGAAAAUUAUGUUCCAUUCCUACUAUCAAUGUCCAACUAGGCCUAUGGGAAAUAUGAACAAUAAUAUGUUAUUCUGGUUUUUGUACCUCAAGUUGUUUUUCUGUAUAAACAAAAGCGGAUAUAUUUAUACUAUCUCAUUCCAUAAACUGUUUGCCAGCCACUGUUUUUCUUACUACUUUUUCAUUGAAACAGUUUCAAACAAUGUCAUCAUUGAGUAUAUUGAUUAUUCUACCUGUCUGGUCAUGGACUUGACUAUACUAUAAGCCAUGUUAAUAUUGUAAAUGGUUCAUCUGUGUAUGUCUUUCCUCGAUAUCUAAAUUUAAUGUUAAAAAAAAGGAAAUAGAAAAUAGUUCUGCGCGAAAUCUUGUUAGAUCUAAAACAUAACACGUGUAUAAUAUAGGUCUAUCGUCGCCUUCACAAUCUGUCAUUGGUUUAUUGUAUGGAAAUGUAUCAAGAUUGCGUGUAUCAUAUGCAUGUGAAUCGUUACACAAAUAUUCUAGUUAUUGUUUACUGCGAAUACAAUAUUUACAAAUGUCACAUGGUCAAGUCCAUCUUGUGUAUGUUUUUGUGGCUUUUCA